AUGACCACAAAUGAUGUUAACAGAACCAAAAUUGCCGAAUUUCUCCUUAUGGGAUUUUCAGACUCCUGGGAGAUUCAGAUUGUACAUGCUGCUCUAUUUUUACUGGUUUACCUGGCAGCUCUUAUAGGGAAUCUCCUAAUCAUCAUGCUUACUGCUUUGGAUGUUCACCUCCAAACCCCUAUGUAUUUCUUUUUGAGAAACUUGUCUGUUUUAGAUUUCUGCUACAUCUCUGUCACAGUUCCCAAUUCUAUUGCCAGUUCCUUGACUCAUGACACCUCCAUUUCUUUCUUUGGGUGUGCUCUGCAAGUCUUUUUUUUCAUGGACUUGGCAACUACUGAGGUAGCCAUCCUUACAGUGAUGUCCUAUGACCGCUAUGUGGCCAUCUGCCAGCCCUUACGUUAUGAGGUCAUCAUAAACCAGGGGGCUUGUGUGAAGAUGAUGGCCAUGUCAUGGCUCAGUGGGGUGAUCUGUGGUCUCAUGCAUGUGACAGCAACAUUCUCAUUACCAUUCUGUGGGUCCAAUAAAGUACAUCAAUUUUUCUGUGAUAUUCCACAGCUCCUAAGCCUAGUGGACUCCAAAAUAAUUUUCAUUGAGACUGGAGUCAUGGUUCUUGGUACAAGUCUUGUGAUAAUUUGCUUUGUUUCUAUCACUCUGUCUUACAUGUACAUUUUUUCUGUCAUCAUGAGGAUUCCAUCGAAGGAGGGUAAAUCAAAAACAUUUUCUACUUGCAUUCCACAUCUCGUGGUUGUAACACUAUUUAUGAUAUCUGGUAGCAUUGCUUAUGUUAAACCAAUUUCAAAUUCUUUCUCAGUUUCAGAUCUUUUUCUGUCAGUGUUCUACACAGUUGUGCCCCCUACCCUGAAUCCCAUCAUCUAUAGUCUUAGGAAUAAGGACAUGAAGUCAGCCAUGAAGAGGCAGUGUGUGUGCUAG